AUGAAUAACUCCACCUCUAACUAUUACGACGGCGAUGACCGCCGAAUCAUCCCUCUAUCAUCAACAAAUUCCCUUUCAGAUCUAGAAGACGAAUCUGAUUCUGAUUCCUCCUCAGUCUCUUUGGUCAGUGACCCAAGCCAUAACCAUGACCACAAUAAUAAUCACAACCAUAAUCACUCCAACCAACUCAAGUCCUUAGCUGACCUUCUCAUCACUGAUUUUGACCCCCCAGUAGACAAUGAUGACGAACUUACAAAAAAACCAGCAUGCGCUUACUGUGGUAUUCACUCCCCAUCCUCUAUUGUCCGCUGUGUCACUUGCAACAAGUGGUUUUGCAAUGCCCGUGGUUCCUCUUCUUCCUCUCAUAUAAUCAAUCACUUAGUCCGCUCUCGCCACAAGGUAGUAGCUCUACACCAAGACUCGGAACUAGGUGAAACUACCCUCGAAUGCUAUAACUGCGGUAACCAAAAUGUCUUUGUCCUCGGAUUCAUUUCUGCAAAAGCUGAAUCAGUUAUUGUCAUUCUUUGCCGCUUCCCAUGUGCAAAUACCCCCAUCAAUAAAGACAUGAAUUGGGACUCAUCAAAAUGGGACCCCCUCAUCUCAGAUAGAUCCUUUACAAACUGGCUCGUCUCUGUCCCUUCCCAAGAGGAAGUCGCCCGUGCCCGUAAAAUCUCCCCUGCCCAAAUGACCAAAUUAGAAGAAAUGUGGAGAGACUCCCCUAAAGCUACCGUUGAUGACCUCGAUAAACCCGACCUCGAACAAAACAUCCCUCACGUUGUCCUCCGCUAUGAAGAUGGUUACGAGUACCAACGCUGCUUUAGCCCCUUAGUCAUGUACGAAGCUGACUAUGACCGCCGCCAAAAGGAAGCCCAAACUCAAUCAAAUGUUUCUGUCACUUGGGAUAUCGGCCUCAGUAGGCGCCACCUCGUCUCAUUCUUCCUUCAAGAUGUUGAUACAACAGGCACCCGCGUCAUGAUUGGCGACGUCAUGGCUAUCCGCCUUGACUCUUCUUCAGCCUCAGGCGCACCAGAAUGGAGCUCAACUGGUUUCGUAAUUAAAAUUCCAGAUAGCUCCUCAGAGGAAAUCACCCUCGAACUCCUCAUUGGAGCCAACCCUCCUACAAACAUAACCCAAGGCUUCAUAAUCAACUUUAUGUGGUCCGGCGUCACUUAUGACCGUAUCCAAAGCUCUCUCAAGGAAUUCGCCACAGAAGAAACCUCCGUCUCAGGUUACCUCUACCAUAAGCUCCUCGGUCACGAAGUCAAAAACAUUGUUUUUAGCACCCAACCCCCUCCUGACUUUAGUGUUCCUGGAAUUGCAGAACUUAACCCUUCUCAAUCAGCUGCUGUGGCCUCCGUCCUUCGUCACCCCCUCUCUCUUAUCCAAGGCCCCCCCGGUACCGGUAAAACCGUCGUUUCUACAACAAUUGUCUACCACAUUUUGAAAAUGACUAAAGAAGCAGUUCUUGUCUGCGCUCCUUCAAACGUUGCCGCUGACCAACUUGCUGACCGUCUCCAACGUACAGGCCUUAGAGUCGUCCGUCUUGUCGCCAAAUCCCGCGAAACUAUCCUUCAAGAUACUGACAUUAAAAGUAUGACCCUAGGCGACAUUAUCAUGAAUGAUGCAGAUACCCCAGAAGACCUCCGCAAGCUCCAACAGCUCAAAAAUGAUGUUGGUGAACUUUCCCAAUCUGACAGAAAUAAGUACUUUAAACUGCUCCGUGACGCAGAACACAGAAUCCUUCAGCAUGCUGAUGUUGUCUGUUGCACCUGUGCUGCCGCUGGUGACCCCCGUCUUCACAGAGUCCGCUUCCGUACUGUUCUUAUCGACGAAAGUACCCAAGCUACUGAGCCAGAGUGCCUAAUCCCCAUUGUCCAUGGUUGCAAACAACUUGUACUUGUCGGUGACCAUCAGCAACUAGGUCCCGUUGUUGGAUGCAAAGCUGCCGCAAAAGCAGGCCUUGCCAAAUCCCUCUUUGAACGUCUCAUUGUUCUCGGUCAUACCCCCAUCCGUCUCACUGUUCAGUAUCGUAUGCACCCUUGUCUUUCAGAGUUCCCAUCAAAUAUCUUUUACGACGGCUCGUUGCAAAACGGUAUCACCCAACAGGAACGUAUGCGUCCAGAAAUCAACUUCCCAUGGCCUGUCCCAGAAACACCCAUGAUGUUUUGGAGUGUUCUUGGCAAGGAGGAAAUAUCAUCCUCUGGUACUUCUUACCUCAACCGCUCAGAAGCAUCAAACUGUGAGCGUGUCGUCACCCGUCUCUUCAAGGCUGGCGUCAAACCUGAUCAAAUUGGUAUCAUUACCCCUUAUGAAGGUCAACGUACUUAUCUCAAUCAACACAUGAUUAUUAAUGGCACCAUGGACCGCGAACUUUACCGCGAGGUUGAAAUCGAAUCAGUCGAUGCUUUCCAGGGCCGUGAAAAGGACUACAUCAUUGUCUCCUGCGUCCGUUCAAAUGAAUACCAAGGAAUUGGUUUCUUGAGUGACCCCCGCCGUCUCAAUGUUGCCCUCACGCGUGCUAAGUAUGGCCUUGUACUUUUAGGUAACCCUAGAGUCUUAUCUAAAAACUUGCUUUGGCUUCACUUGCUCACCCAUUUCCGUGAAAAGGGCUGUCUUGUUGAAGGUCUUCUCUCGCGUCUUCAACCAUCAAACGUUCAGCUUUCAAAACCCAGACAACUCAACGCUCACAUUGUUAAUAAGCUCUCAGUGGCUGGUAGUGGACCUCAAAGUUCUAGCUCCCCCAUGGCUCCUAUCGACCCCAUGCUUCCCCCGCAACCACCAAACUCCCUCAUCCAGCAAAUCAAUGGCAACCGUUUUGGUGAGUCCUUUGGCCCCACCCUUCAACAACAAUAUGGUGGUUUGUCUAACAAGGCCCUGGGACCCUUACGUGGACCCCCUCCACCAGGCCAACGUUACUUUAAUGAUAUGCUCCCCCAUGAUGAAACAUCAAGUGAAAAGGACUCCUCAUUGGAAUCGGAUUACCUCCAUGAAACUGAAAGUGACUCUGGAAUGGAAUCUAGCUCGGAGCUUGAAUCACAAGUUGGUGAUCCUUUGGACAUGGCUGGAAUGCCUGUAGCUCUUAGUCGUGUUGCUGCUGCUGCUGCUGCCGCCGCUGCUGCUGCUGCUGCUGCCCCUACUGGGUCUCUUCCCUCGUCCCACAUGUUGCACAAACACGCAGAUGAGAUUAUAGAUGAUGGCGAAGAAACUGUUCGUGAAUACGAGUCCGAGUCUGAUUCCGAUGAUGAAGACGAUGUUAUUUCUAAUAUUCGUUCUUCCCGACUGGGUCCUUCUUCGGAUACUGGGCCUAUUGGCUCUGGUAUCCCUACUACUGCUACCAACAAUAGCUCUGCCGACAUGGAACGGGCGGCCAAGGCUGCGGCGCAAAUCUUCAACGCCAAUGCCCAACGAGCUGCUGUGAUUAAUAAUAAACGAAAGCUAAAGGCAUCUGCAUUUUCAGCCUCUUCUGUUGCUGCACAAGCUGUCGAAGAGCAGCGCCAAAUUGGUAGUUCGUUUGGUGAUCGUCUGAAUCAGCUUAUCAAUAAGACUGACUCGAUGAGUGUAUCAGGAAGCAAUUCUAAUAGCAGCAAUGGGACACCGAGCAGCAGUAGUCUUGAUCUGGGGCCCAGCAAGCGUGGUCUGAAUGCGGGUGGCAGCACCGGUAUUCGCGGACAACGGGUGCUUGUGGAUGAUGACGAUGAUGAUACAGAUGACGAGCUGGAGUCAAUUGCAUCGUUUUCGAGUCAGGCCCAUUUAUAUUAA